GAGCUCUCCGUGAGGCACUCUUUGUUCCAGCGCUGAGUUCUCGGCUCCGUGCGGCUGCGAACGCAGAGCCUGCCGGGCUGCGUCGGCAUCCUCAUCCCCAGUUUACAGACUUGCAGUCUUCCAGUGUUGGACCUCGAAGUUUUAUGCUCCAAAUCAGUGAGUAUAUAAUGGCUACAAGACACACAGAGGUCACACAGUCACCUGAAACUGGCGACACAGUCCAAGAGUGCACAGGAAAGAAAAAAUCUAAAUUUCAGUCUUUCAAGAACUUCUUUGCCAAGAAAAAAAGGAAAGAACCUCCACCUCCCAGGGGAGAGAGUAAUUUAAAACCUUGCCAGUCCAGCAGCGAUGUCAGCGUUGCUGUGCUCCACACUACUGCACUUCAUUCACCGAGGGAGGCUGGGCCCAAGGGUAGCAUGGGAAACAAAGCCUUGUCCCAUGACAGCGUCUUCAUUUCUGAGUCUGCACCAGGAAAUGUGACAGGUGACAUCUUGUAUCAGGAAAACAUACCUGGAAGAGUGAAAACUUUGCAGCUUCAGCUGCAGCAGAACAUCAGGCUUGGAUCACAUCCUCUUGUUAUAACUGGGAAAAAGCUGGAAGAUGCAGGUGCUGUUUCUGAAGAUGAUGGUUUACCUAGAAGUCCUCCUGAAAUUUCAACCCUUCAUGAAAUUCUGACAGAUUCGCCAAACAAGUCCUCCAACCCUGUUCAGCGUCAUAGCUCAUUGAGUUUAGGCGGGACAGACAGUGAAGAUGAACAGAUACCUUCUGAAGCUUCCUCCAGGCCCAUCAGUCCUUCAUCCUCCACCACUCAGGGGACCCCCAUCUCACGAGGCAGCAGCUUCCUUCCUGUUGAUUUUACCAUCCCUGCCAGUCCCCUUGGCUGCCUGGACACCUCAGCAGCCAGGCACAGGAUUGCCAUCAACCCUCGGAAACAGAAAGGUUUCACCAACAAGCAUCAGCUACCUCACCAGGCAUCUUCACUUCUUUAUGUGGAACAGCUGGAAAAUGAAGCAUGUCUUCCUGCAACUCCAGAAAGGAAGGGAAAUUCAACAGAAUUACUUGAGAGUGACAAACAUGAAAGCGAUUGGGAAGGAUUAUCAGCCCAGGUGGGACACUGUGCAAAGGGAGGUGGUUUUAAUCAGAUGCCAGGUGUAAGAACUCCUACUGAUGCUGUCCCUGACUCUUGUGAUGCCACACCUGGGGUAGGAGACCCCUGUGCUUUGCUGCAAGAGGAUGGGUGCCUUCCUAGUGUGGACUAUCGCUAUAAAGGAGCCACACCCCUUCUCAGGCCUGAGACUUCUCCAGUAAACCUGGAAGAACUCCACAGUGCAAAAGUGUUGUGUUCUGCAAAUGAGUCUGCUAAUGAAUCAAAAGUACAGCUGCAAAGUACCAGUCCUGAGGUACCUGCACUUCCAGAACUGCAGCAACUUGAAGGAGGAGCUGUUGUGUCUCCAGACACAUCAGCAGCUGACUUGUUUAGCAGUGGUGUGGAAACAGUGGGCAUGGACAUACUGCCAGAUGUUUCACAAAGUUCCUCAGUGAAUUCUGUGGAUCCAAACAUUAAAGCCCAAGAAGAGGGGGAUCCACUGUUUACUGGCAAAGAAGAACUCUGCUUUGGUACUACUGGGAAUCAUUCCAUCCACACUGUCUCAGAUACUGCACUGAGCACUCCACAAGUCGCAGUAGCUGAUUCAGAGUCUUGCUCUGACUUCAAGACAGUGGCUGUUUUGAGGUCUGAAAAGAGUUCAGUAGCAAAAAAUGACAAAGAAACAUGUGAAAUUAUGGAAUUUCGGUUAUCCAAGGACAGUGUAGGAAAAAAAAUAAACACUGCUGCACCUGUCUCAGAAGCAGUUUGUGUGGUACCUUGCAGUAAAUUGGAAGUAUGUUUUAAAGAAGAUAUUGUUCCUGUUUCAAAGGGUAACCAAGGCAAUCAACAGGCCAACGCAUCAUACAUUUCUGAAAAGCUUUCUAUUGGCUGUCUUGCCUCUUCAAGUUUAGCUGGUGUGAAGAGUAAUAUAUCUUCUGGUGCUGACAGUAAGGAGUACCAGAUAAGCAAUACAGUUUCUCACAGAAAAACAGGAGAAGCUAAUCAAUCAUCAGAUGAAAAUGUAAAAAGUCCCCUGAAGAGUGCUUCUGCUAAACCAGUCAGAUUUACCAUUGCACCAGCAUGGCAAAGGUCUCUCUCAGGAGGUUCAAAUUCAAAGGAAGAUUCCUAUUCCAGAAGUUCUCCAACAUCCCCUAUAAGACCCGAGUUCUUUGAAGGAAUGACCAAAGAACAUACAUGUUUUGAUGCAGUUACUCAGGAAUCAGCAAAAACCGACACAGGCAGAUUUGAUCGAGAUUGUAAGGACAGAGAUCUGCAUUUGAAUUCUUUUAUGGAGUGGGCUGACCAUAAAACACAAAACUUUGAGAAUCCAUUUGGGGUCAGACUAAGAAGAACAUCAUCUUUACUAAAAUACCAGAAUGAAGGCCGUGUAGAGCCUCCAAAGCUGAUCCCUUCAGCUGUUCCAAUUGCUUCUUCUGCUUCAGUCCGAGAGGAUCAGAAAUUGAUGGGCACUGGGAAGUCGCCUCCAAGCCUUCCUGGCAACACAAAAUCUGUUGUUAAAAAACCAGAUCUCCUAGAAGACAAAAAUCCUGCCAAGGCAAGAUCAGAAGAAGUGGCAAAGAGGCAAAAUGGUUAUAAACCUUCAGAAAAAGUCUCUCCAUAUUUGGAAACUGCUUCCUCUGAACCAGCUUGGGUCUCCAUGGCAAAGCUAAAACAAAAGGGUUUCCAGGACCAUCCUCUUGCCAAAGAACAUAAAGAUGAAGACAAAGCUUUGACCAAAGUGGAUCAAUGGGAGCAAGAGAUCUGUGCUAGUGAGAGCACACUGAAGAAGAAUAUGCCUUCCAGCUCUCAGGACAAGAAAACACAAAUGAAGACCAGUGUGUCUGCAGCAGCAGGUAAAGUUGGACCAAUUUCUCAGGAAGCAUCUGUGGUUCCUGCUGUUGAAAAGGAAGCAAGGCACUCCUCUAAACUGCCAGUGACAUCCUGCAGUCCUGCUGAACCGCCCUGGCUGUCCCUGGCCAAGAAGAAAGCCAAAGCAUGGAGUGAAAUGCCCCAGAUCGUACAAUAGCAAAUGACACGAGCAUCCUUCUUUGCAUUGCCAAUAGCUGUGUUAACUCCAUUUAAUCCCUUCUUUACUGUGACCAUUUAUGUUCUUUUGAGAAAAAAAAGCCUUAAAACUUUUGAUCAGACUGUUGUAUGUAAAAGACAUAAUGAAGAAAUGCCAUUGUGGGCUUAAUCUGAUGUAUUAGGAAGCUGAGCAUUUCCUACUACCAAACACUAGGAAAAUUUGAUUCAUUUUUAUAUGCUUACACAUCUGAUGGUGAUGUUCUAAGAAGACAGGCUUUUGAAACAUUUCUCUAGCAAAAUAAGUUUUUAAAGUUUCUUUUAAAGAAACUUGUUCUUUUAAAAAGACCAUACAGUGUUUUUGUACAGUUUGGCUUUGAGCUAAGAAAUAACUUAUGCUUUAAAAUAGAUACAAUGCUGGGCAGCAAUGCACCAUGAGUCAUGGACAUUGAUGUCAUCACACUUCUUUCUCUAGUGCUCUGUGAUGGGCAGCCUGACUCUACUUCAGAUUGUUAAUGGAUCUGUUUUGUGAUCUCUGUAAGAUCUAAACUCAUUGUGAGUGGAGUGAUUCUGGCUUCUGUGUGAUUUGAAGCCUCAGUGCUGUUCAUCUUGUGCUUUGCUCACAGAUACCCACUGGAAUGGCCCAGAGCUGCACACACAUUCUCUCCCAUGCACUGGAAAACCACCACACUGGCAUAUUGUCUGCUUUCUGUUACACCUUUAGAAAUCUGUGUAAACUAAACAUUCUACUAAAAAAUCCUUCCUUUCAUUAUGGCAAAUAGUGAUUUUUUGGGUGAGAUUCCUCAGCCAAUUGUCUCUCUUAAAGAGUGUGUUGGGGGGAGAACUUGCUCCUUAGAAAGGGGCAUCUUGGUUUCAAGAAAUGUCACUCUUCAUGUUCAUAAGGAUGUGUAUUUAGUGAAUUGUAUCUAAUGCUAAUCAUAAAAGGGCAUCUGCUUUCUUUCUUGUCUCAUCAGUCUUUAACCAUUAAUUCAACAUCAGUCUGACAAUGUGCAGCUGGAGCAAAAUUAUUCUCUCAGGGCCUGGCCUUGCAGUCACUUAAACUCACAAAAUUUUUGCUAUUGAACUUGAAGGAUGCAGUAAUUUGAAAAAUAAGCGUUGUGAAAUGAUGCUGGUGGCUUAAAAGACAGUGGCACUUACUGGUCCUUCCAGUUCUUGCAGCAUUGCACGUUUAUAUAGUUUUUGUUUACAGUCAGUGCAAAAUUUGAAGGCUGGUGGACUGUUUUUAGCUGGAAAGUUGGUCGGAAUUUUUAAAGGAAAAUAUUAUCUAUUGAUAGAAUUAAAUGCAAAGAAAAAAAAUUGGUUUCAGGUGAGCUCAAGCAAGACUUUAAUCUUUCAGUUUUGGCCUGAGUUUAAUAUGUAGCUUUUGCAAUUUGAAAACAGUAUUAACUAGGAGCUAGACUGUAAUUAUUAACUUUUUCUAUAUAGGUGAAAACUUACUUGCCCAGGAAGGCUCAGAAUCUAUAGAUACUAUUUAUUCUGGACUAACACCAGAAAGAGUAGGAGUUUCACAUUGGCUUGGUAAUUGAUGCCUAUUUUGUAACUUGUUUUUUCUCUGCUUUAGGAAGCAUAUCUUUCCGUACAGAGAACUGAAAAAUUUGUAUUUCUCUGAAACUUUUGAGUGUAAUGUAAAAGAAUAUACUCAACUUUGAUUCCUGAAGUUUUGUACAGUUGUCAUCCCACCACAAACUUACUGACCCUGUGUAAAAUACAGGCCUUUCUAUAUUUAGCAAAGUCUCUUCUCAUUCUGUUAAUGUGGAUUGUGACUUUUCACCCAAAAUACUGCAAUGGAUACUAUAAUCUCUCUUUCCCUGUGUUUCCUUUUGAUCUUAAUGUUGUUCCUGUCUUUUAUGUUCGGUAUGUAUAUAUGUUUUUGUAAUCCUUGUCUUGAAGGAACCCUUUUUGUAUUCCAUUCCCAUAUUUGGUUUACUAUUAAAUGUUGCCAGUGAUGAUGAUAUCAUUUCUGGGAAAAGAAGAGGUAUGGAUGGUCCUCAUUCAUUAAGGAAGAAAUAAAAAUAGGUCUUUGGUCAAUAUUGACUCUAUAUAUAGAUAAGCUGCCUAGAUUUUGUUUUGAGGUGAUUUUGUGUGACUUAAGACCGAUUGAUACAGCUGGUCAGACUAAGGAGACUUUCUAAAUCUAAGUUUAAAACAUCAUGAGAGAGCUGAUGGCUCUCCUGUUGUUCUGGAGUUAUUGCUCCUUCAGUGCAGGGCUGGUUUGAAAGCAGGCACUUGUGGUCAUGGGAAGCCUUGAAAAUACUUGUUUACAUGUGUUGAAAGAAGCUGCUCUAGAACAUUUUUAGAGUGCUUUACUAAAGAAGGAAAACACAAGAAAAUAAUGUGAUGUAUAUUUGAAAUUCACUUGCAUUAUGCAUUUCUACAGUUAAUGUUUCCAUGUCUCUUGUGCAACUAAGAGAACAAACAGCAAAGAGAAAACAUCGAAACUGAGACUCAUGUAAUCAUAGGAAGUUAAGAGAUGGGAUUAUAAGAUAAAUGUUGAAAUAUCAGUGAUUUAUUGUUGCAUUUACAGAAGCUGGUAUCUCUUAGCAUGGUUUUGAUUUCUUGUCCUAGUGUAGUUUUUAGGUGUUCAGUGAGUAAAAAUAACUAAUAUAAUAACCUCAUUUUGGGUGAUCCUUUCUAGACACAGUCACUGUUUUUGAAAAUAAGUUGUGUUGAAUUGCAGAGCUCGUUGCAGAGUGUCAUUGUGAGGUUUUGUGGCUCAGAAUCUGCAGUGGAGGAUGUAGGAAGCCGAAUUCCCUGUGCCUGGGAGUUGGCUCUGUGUGACAGCAGAGGGUGCUGGUGCCAUCCCUGAGCAGCAGGAGGAGAAUUUCAGUGUAUGUAUGUGCAAUGUCACAACGAGAGGAAAGCACUAAACACCAGCCUUCUCAUGUAGAAGUUUGGAUAGAGAGAGCCCCCCUCAUGUAUUGUAUUUUGUCUUUUUAAGGGCUGUUGUCUAAAAUAAGAGAUGUAAUUUGUUUUGAAGUAUUACAGUAGAAAUUCUCAGCUCAGAAAAGCUGCAGUCCCUGAGUGUGUGCCACCUGCUCUCCUAAGUGCUUUUCAGAUCAAUACAGGAAAGAUAUUAGCCUGUGAGGGUACUCUGUCCUUUAGAACUGUUCCUGGAAGAGGAUAGAUCUGAAGGAUACAGGUAAUGAGAGAUGUCCUUAGCAGCCUAAUAAAAAAGGCAAACCUUUCUCUCCAUCUUUUCCUCUAGUGUUUGUUAGCCUACCUACAAUUUUGUUAGAGAUUUAUCUUGGUUAUAAGAUUUGACAAAUUUGUCACAUCGGUCAUCACCAGAAUGUUCAUAAUGAUGAUGUGGAACCUCUUGGGAAAUCUGAGCAUCUCUUUAGGAUUUUGACCUUGAUUUGCUUGCUAUAGUAUAGAAUUCUGAUUCCUCUAUGUUGUCAGGAAGUGUUGCACCCAAAGUGUCAAUAUUUGUUACAGGCUACAGCCUGGGGUAGUUCUUGGUGCAGAGGUUCACUGAAACUUCUGGUUUUCAUUGAAAAUGGUUUUAUGUCUUUUAUGGAAGUAGGCAGGUGAAAUAAAUUGUAAAUUCUGGAUUUGGAACACAAACCCAUGCAUCUGCCCAGAACAAAAAAGGUUACUCAGGUGUUUCCAGCUGGGUAGUUGAAGGGGCCUGGCUCGAUGAUGAGUGAAAAUUCAGCUUGAGAAAUGAAAGGCUUAGAGUGGGAAGCUGCAAUUCAAAUCACUCUUCCAUAGUAGGAUGGGUCUAAGCCCAAGGAACGGCACUGAAAGGGACCUGUAAGUAGUGGCUUUUCCUGCAUUUCUCUCUGCACAUAAGGGAUACCAGACCUCACUGCUUUGUACCAUAUUAAGUAGGUAAGCACCAUGACUGCCCUGCAAAUCAAAACCUCUUGUGAUCUGCUGAUCAAGUCCACAGCAGUGCAGCUCUGUAAAUGGAAUUGCUGUAUGAUCUGUGCAUUAAAAAUGCAACUUCUCAGGAGUGAGCUGAGCCAAAGUUUAGCAUCUUCCUCUGACUUGAGGGGCAGAUUAUUGACUAUGGAAAAUGUGAGAUGCUAUUUUUAUUCCUAUUGUGCUAGGAGUGAUUUUAAAAGAAGCUAUUUUAAUAGCUGUUUAUUUUUUAGACGCAGUUCAAAGAAGAAGAAUCUAGAGGCAGAUUAUCUAAACAGGAUUAUUAACUGUCAAGUCUUGGGCUGAUCAGUAAACCAAGUUAGUUGCUGAACAAGAAGCAGGUAUGGAAAUGGGUGAAGUGCAGAGUAGUUAAUUUAUAUAAUUUCGUAUGAUGUAGAAAUAGAAAGUCAGAGGAAGAGAUUGAUUGACAUAAAUAACCUACAUGGAAAAGGUUGUUUGGUACCUGGAAGCCUCAUUCCAGCCUUUCUUCUCUCUGCCUUAGAAUAUAUUGUUUCUUACUUUUCAUUGGGGGAUGAAACCAAAUUUUUACUUAACCUGUUUUAUAGUCGGUCCUUUUUUGGAGAAUUUGUAUGAAAAAUACAAGAUCACACACCUGUCAAUCCUUGUUCAAAGCUCACCCAAAUCUAUGUGGUUAAGCUAAUACUUCAUUGCAUUUUCCCUAUUAUACCAUUCCAACUCCAUAUUAGUUUUUAUUUAUAAGUAUUUUUCCAACACAGAAGGGUGGGAUUAUCUGCUUUAAAAUAAGAGCAUUUCCACAUUACUUAGGAAUAUAUUUCUGUGGCAUUGAGGUGACUUCUUCCAAGUUACACAAUAAGUUCACUGCAGCAAUGUAUGGGAAAAGGUUGAAGUCCUGUGGCUGUGUUGUGUUUCCAUAGAGUUUAAAUUCCAUGCAGCAGCCUUCCCUAAUGGUGUCACUGGCAGCACUGGGAGCUGACGAAGCAGGAGGGGAUGGUGCUGGUUGGCUCCUCGCGGGUGACAUCAGGCUGUGCUAAAUGUCUGCGUCACUGGUGACGUGGGCAAGGGGGUAAAGUGACAGAGCAGCACUGUAAAGUCACUGAGCAGCAAUGCAGGGGUGACCUGCACCCCAAAGGUGCAAAUUUACCAGUUGUGCCUGUGGGAUGAAAUAACUUCACUGGACUUUGUGAACUGUAGAAAUACGAUUUAUUCAUACAAGAGUAAACAAAAGUGACUUUCUGUCACAGCUAGAUGUACAAAUUAGGAUAUAUCUACAUUAAACUAGAGCUGUGUUUUAAGCACAAGAGGCAUUUACUCAGUUUGAAUAAUGAGUCAUAUAUAUUUCGGAGGAAGAAUAAAUAUAUGUUUUGCAGCAUUUAAUUUGUAAAGGGAGUUCUGCCCAAAAUGGGUGACCUCAUCUGUAAUCACAUAAAAAAAAUAAGAACAGAACCUCAUUUUGUGGGGGUUUUUCUUCCACUUUGACAGAACGAUUUAUUACAUAAGCAUCCUUAGUGUUAUGAUCCCUGUGAAAAAAUAACUGUCUUCUUAUUUUGCAUUGUUUAUAAAAUAAGAGCUGUGGCUGUGAGAUGUACUACAUAUUGUGGUAGAAUAAUCACAAAGUAAUUGCAUGCAAAAUUCUACAAGAAUCAAUAUCAGUUCUUAUUUGCUAUUUAUUUAAUAAUUUUAGAGCAUGACUUGCUACUAAAGCCCAAAUUCUGCAAAGUACUUUAUCAUGGUUCAUUGUGGGCUGAGGCUUGACUGACCCUGUGGGACCUGUCCAAAGGUAGAUUGAGAGCACCCUAGUGCUCCUCUUCACUGGACACACUGCAAAUUGGAUUAGGCCCCUUUUAAUAGAUUUAAGUAAAGUGGAACAAAAGCUUUCAGAGAGUUGUGUUACUUCUUUAAUAGCAAACCAUGUAAUGCAAAUUCAAAUUAUAUAACUCAGGGAUUGAGAUGGCAUGGACUGAUGUGACAAAGUGUAAUGUUGCAAUCUAGGGUCCAACCAUACUUGGAUGGGGGAAAAGUUGGGUCUUACCACUUACUCCUGGGAAUCCAAGGCUAGUAACCAGGCUGGUGAAGUGCUGGGGCUGUGCUCAGUCUAAUGCCUCUAGGACAUGUGUUUGCUUUAGACUUGCUGGGCAUGAAGGUCUUCACUUAUGUACACUCCAAAAUGCUUUCUGAAGUGGUCAGAAGUUCUAAGCAAAUGCAUCUUCUCUAAAGCCACAUUUGAUAAGUCACCCCUGAGAGUCCUGUAAAUCCCAGUGAGGAGUAGCUGCUCCAUGCAGCUCCAUGCAGCUCCAUGCAGCUCCAUGUGUGUUUGCAUCCCUGCCUAGGGCACCCUGCAUGCCUGGCUUUGCAUUCAGACAUCAGCUCCCUCCUGUCAUACAGCAGAAGUGUUUGUGCAGAGUUUAGGGGCUCUCUUGAGAGAGCUGUGGCCAGUCCUGACCCAGCCAGGUGUGUUCCAUGGCAUGUUUGAUUAAUCUGGCUCAGAGGGUUUCCUACAGUGCAGGUGUCUUUAUGGUGCACUGAUUUGGCCCAGUGCGCUCAGUCUGCAUCCAGCAACAGUCUCCUUUGCAGCUUCACCAAGGUCCCUGGAAUUGACAGGAAUCGAGUGAAUGUAAUUUGUUUAUGUUGGUUUAUAUCUUAUUCCAUUCUUUUCUUAUGGAUUUCACUUUUGAAGGCAGUAGCUCAAAAGUGAGAGUGUACAGACACACAGCUCUGCUUCAUUUUUAGAGCACGACACUCCUCUGAAAGGGCAGUUUGCAUCUCUCAAAGGCUAAAGACAGCAGAAGGAGCAGAAUGCUGGGAUCCUGGACCCUCUGUGGAGACUCAGGGUGUGGCAGAGCCUCUGUGCCCUGCUCAGCAGCCUGAGGCCUGGCUGGGGAGCGGUGGGAUGAAGGAUUGGCUGGAGUGUCCAGCCCCAUCCCUGCUCUGGGCACUGCAGUCUCCGGCCGGGCUCAGCACUUCCAACGGGAUCGGUGGCUCAGCUCCCUGUGGCAAAGCCCUGGCGUUUAUUUACUCUCCCCUAGUGUUUCCCUCGCUGUGCUGAUGUAACCACGGCUGUUGCAUAAUAACCUAGUCCUCAGAGUUACUUUCUCUUAGCUUUUGCCAUGUGAAAGGAGUGGAGCCAGCAAGGCCAGCGGUGUCCAGAGCCAGAGUUACUGGAAAAUGAUUCCUUUGCCUUGGACAAGUUUGUCAGUCUUCUCACUCUGUUUAAUAAUGAGAAUUUCAGAAAUGAGUGCACACACUUUUGUAUUUACUGAGCAGAUAAAACCAACAAUUUUCCAGAUGGAACUCAUACUUUUGCUAGAGUUUUGCACUUGUUUAUGUUAACAGUAUGGGUCUCUAACCACAGUGCUGCAGUGAAGAUUUCUUUAUUUUAAGGGGUGACCAAAACAGCAACAGCCUUUAUGCAAUUUUCCAAAGAAAUGUAAAAUAACAACAAGGAUUUCAGUGCUAAAUGGCACUUUGGGCUUUCUUUCAGAUCUCAGGAACAGUUCUGUCAGACAGGAACAAAUCUGUUAAAGCCAACGGAAUUAGUUUGGUCUAAAUAAGAUUAUAAUUGGCCCUUUCUGUUUCUGCAUUGCUCAAAAAUAAAUCCCAGUAAACAGCUUGAGGUCAAGUCUCCUCCUAGCUAUGCCAAAACUACGUUGAAACUGGGGGAAAUCACCCCAAAUUCACAUUGCCUGAUAGCCUUCAGGAUAAAAAUGAUUGAAUAUAUACCUGUAUUUCCUAGGUAGCCCUUUCAGGACUUGACUUGCAAUUAACGGUUCCAGUCUCUUACUGGAAAUACUGUUUUCUUGGCUUCUUUGGCUUCCUCGAUGUCACUGCAGACAUUCCUUCCCCUGAGCUGUCCCAAGGUGGGAGAUUUCACAGGCUGACCACAGCCGAGUUGAGAUUUUGCUUCUGUGUGUUGUGGAACUGCAAUGCAGAGAUGCUGCUCUGGUCCAAAUUUGGCUCUGAACUCCCUCAAAGCGUGGGGAUAUUUGGAGGACUGUUUUUGUUUUUUAAACCCAUACAAUUUUCUUGUUAUAAAUAGCGUUAAUUUUGGACUCACUCUAUUAAUAUACAGCCUAAUAGCAAAAUAGCUGCUACUAUCAACACAUAAUCAUAAAUAUUUCUACUAAUAGCCUAAGUCUGACAUUCUGACUCUAAUUAAUCUGAUUAUGCUUAAUAAUAAAUUGUAGUAAUGCUUUGGACAUAUUUUUUAACUGGUGAGGCUGCUAAUCAGUUUUGCUAAAGUGGCAUUCACUGGGUUAGGGAUUUACCUUGCUUGAAGGCAGUAUUAAUCCCUGGCUAAAAAGACAACUAUCUUUGUAUUUCUGGAAUCAUCAAACUAACCUUUCUUUUUUCUUUACACUUUGUAAUGCAGUGAGGUGCAUUGAAAGAAAUCAAGUUAUGGGAAACAGUCUGUCUACAGCAUAAAAAACAGUUUUGGGGUAGGCCUUAGUUUAUUUUUGCUUUCUGAAGUCUUUGAUGAGUUAACAGCUGUGUGCUUAAAGCACAGAAAUGAGAGCUAAACUGAAUGACCUGUGACCAUUUAUUGUCACAGAGCAGUGAAUGCCUGUGUGUAGUACAGGCUGAUGUUUGGAGGCAAAUUGCCUCUAGCUGGGAAGGGCUGAAAAUAGGAAGCUGGUUUCCAUUCUGGUUUCCCAGAACGUGUGUGUGAUUUGGCUCCAAAGAAGGCAGAGAGCUGAAUUUUGUCAGUUUUCUACAGGAUACCCCACUUCACUCUUGCCUGAUACCUGUUUCAUGGAAUAUGUUCUGCAAAUUUGCCUUCUAGCACUGGUUUGCUAUGGAAGCUUGUCCAGCAUCUUUUAUCCUCUGGUGAGACAAGGCUUUGUGAGACCUGCAGGACUUGAGGAUGGCUGACUUUGACCAAUGUGAAACGAUGGUUUCACGUUCAGUGCCUUUGCUGAGCUACCACUGAUGCAAACUGCCUCCACAGAAUAAGCCCAGUGUAAACUUUUCUUAAAGGAUUGAGGAAAAAAGUUGGUCUCUGGCAAUGAAAUGCUGUUUUUAUUUUAGGCAUCUCAAUGUAUGAGUGAGGAAGUAAUCUGAUUAGCACAUUUGCUAGAGAAAUGAACCAAUGGGAAGGUGAAAAUAUUAAUAAAAGAUAGAGUUGAUUUAUACUCAAACUGGCCUUUAAAUUUGCAAUAUAUGCUGUAAGAACAUGCUUAUAUAACCUCUAUUUCUAUUCAUAAAGGUUUAUGUGGGUCUAUAUUGAAUUAUGCAUUUAAAAUUAAUCCACUGAGGCAGCCCACUGAGAUGCCACUUCUCAUUUAGUAACUGCAUUAAGAACUUUGUGCUUCAUUUAGAAACUGUGAGAAGCUUGCUUUGUGCUGUGGAGAGGAACUGGCCUGCCAGAUUCAGACUGGCUAUUAUAGGGUCUUUAAAACAACCAUCUCUCUGUCUCUCCCUUUCCAAGUUACCAGUAAAACUCUAUUCUUGACUUGUGUGACCCAGCUCAUGCAGCCUGGCUGAACCUGACAGACCCAACCGACUUGUGUCAGGUUCUCAGAAGAGAUUAAUGACAAUUUUCUUCAGGGUUUGGGAGCAGCUGAUUCUGCCUUGCGAGGCUGUGGGGACCCAGAAUGAAUUGACGCACGAAUUAGGUUUUUUUUACCAGCAGCUGUAAUUCAGAUUUAUUAAGUGUUUUGUUUGUGUAGCUUUCCAAUUUUGUAAAGCUUUCCAGCUUUGCAGACAUUGUAAAAGGGUCAAGAGCUCUUUUAGAUGUUUACAUGGAUUUUGUUCUAAGAAAUCUUAGACUCUUACUUUGUCUGAUUUGCAUUCUUCAGAGUGCAAUUAUGCUGCAAAAAUGGUAUUGUGAGGCUCUGUUUUGUGUCUGAACUAAACUUCUUUGGCUUAAAAAUAAAAGUGUACUAGUUCUGCAUAUCCACACUAGUCCAAAAUACAGAUUGACAUAUCUACAAGUCUAUCUUGUUGACUACAAAAAAUUACUUGUUAUGGGAAUGAGUGCCUUUAUUAAUUUGGAUCAAACCUGUUGUCUUCCUAUUCUGCUUUUGGUUAUUAUUUUUAUUAAGAUAUUGCUUUGUGGCCUUAGUUUGAAAAACUGUCAAGGCUCAGUUUGUAUUUCUCAUUCUGGGAACUGUGCUCAUACUGCUAAAAUAUUCAAGUGUCUUCUGAAUAAUUAAGAAGUUAACUUCUGUGAGUACUGACACUGAAGAAGUUUUCUCUCUUAGAGGUUUGUAUCUUCUCUUCCAUAUUUCCCACCACAUUGUUCCCCAUCCCUUGUAUUCUCCACUCCACUUUGCAGACAGUCCAGAGGCACCUGGAAGUUCACCACCUUCUCUCUCUGUGCACCUACAUGUUGGGUGGUUGGCUGGCAGGUUGAAAUUUGAAAGGAGGUGGUAGAAAUACAUAAAAAAAAUGUUACAAGUCAGCCACCUUGUUCAAAACUUCUCAGAGAUGAUGGACAUGCAGGACCUUACUGUAAGUGAAGUUCUGUAUAAACCCAGUCUAAAAGCAUAAAUAUUUAUAAGAACAUUCUCUCAUUUUUACAUUGUCUCCAUUUACCAAAUAUGUUUUGUUUGCUGCUUUAUUUUUGUGUGAGAGAAUUAAUAUGUGUGAUUUACUAGAGGGAAGCUAAGUUGAAAAAAGGGAUUUUUAUGUAAGUACAGAAAGUGCUUAUUCCCCUGAUCAUUUUUAUCUGCUACAGGAUUAAAUUCCAUAGUCUAGAUUCAGCUGCUAUAAAAAAUUUGUCUCUUGCAUGUGUGACUGUGCUCUGUUAGAUGAAGGUUUCACUGCUGCAGGGUGUCACGCAGCCAGUCCCAGAGAGGACUUCAACCAUCAGGGUAGAUACUUUAAGUAAAAUACAGUAGGUAAGGUAAAUAACAUCUAUAUAUAAUAGACAUUAUCUUAGAACAGUCUAGCCUUUGACAGAUAUGUGACAAAUUGAGACUGAAAUCUUCAAAGUUAUUUAGGUGUCUCAUUAAUGCAAUGGAGAACUGGAUGUCUGAGUAUUUAGGGACCUGAAGUUAAGUAAGAAAAUAACAUCUUGAGGAAAGUAUUAUGAAAGAUCAAAAUAGAUCAGAAACAUCUGCCUUUAAGUCUCACCAUUUUAAGGACUCCUUACAGGUUUAUUUGUGUUUAGAUUAAGGAUAAAUAAUAUCAUAAAAUUAAACGUUCAUUUUGAUUUGUUAAAAGCAACUGGUUGCAUAACUGUCGAGUUAUGAAACCUAUAUUUUUGUCCUCUGCAUUCUGAACAUCUGUGGCCUAUAUUUAAUUGUAGUUUUCAUCUUCAGUUUGAAGAAACAAUGUUUAGCCUGAAGACAAAAGUGAUCUGUGUAGUGAAAUUAGCUAAAUAGUCUGGCUGAGUCUCACUUGCUAAUAGAAAAAGCAUUUUUAUACGUGUUCUAACUUAGAAAUGUUAUUCAUUUGAUAGUUUAAACACAGUUAAGACUACUCUGCAAUUCUGAACAAUGUGAAGAAUGAAGGUAUUAAGACAUAAAGGGAUUGUACCUCCAGAGGAACAGGUGCAUAAGGAUUGAAACAUGGGAACAUAUUGCAGCAUCAAUCUUUAAGCAAAAAUCUGUACUGAUUUCAGUAGGAAGUAAUUCUGGUAAAAUAUUGAUGAAAUGAUGUGGUAUGUCCUGUGGGCAGGAAAUAAGGAAAUGGGCAAAGUAAAGCAAGCCAGUAAAAGUGGGGAAAGCAAUAUGAAAUGAAGAAACAAAAGGAAUGAGCAACUUCAGAAGUAAUACUCCUGAAAAGUUUGGAGAAUGAUAUAGAAAGGCUUUACAUAGGGUGGCAACAUGAUAAUUCCAUCACCUUUCCCUCAGCAGUCCAUACAGCCAGAUGGCUUCAGCCUGGAUUUGCAGCUGUGAUCUGUGUUUUGCAGUCAGUCCAUAUAAUGGACUGGAUGAGGUUUCUGUUUCAGUCAGCCUCCUUCUUUUGACAUGUAAUUCAAAUCCAAAUGCUAAUCUGCAUUUGUGACUCAGAAAUCUCUGACAUCCUUACCAAAGAAAGAAAAGAUGGAGCCUUCAUGUAGAAAUAGAAAGGUGAUGUUUGAAGGAUGUUUCCUUAUUUUGAAAAUGCAGGUAGUCAAGAGUUUCCAAGAUGUUUGUGUUCACUUUUCUUCCACAUUAUUGUAGCUGUUAAAUUCAAGGUCUCCACUGGCUUCUUAGCCCAUGUCUGAGUUGUAAAUCAAGCUGUCUGCAAAUAUACACUGCUGAAAAAAAAGCAGGUUAGGAAGUUUUAAUUUCAAAACAAAUUCUGUUGUUAGAUGUAAAUCUCAGGUUUACGGUGCAAUCUUGAGGAGAGAUCUUGAGGAUUUUCUCUGAACACAAUUUGAUUUAUUUCCACAGAGGUAAGGAAUUCUAAACUCCACUUUCUGCCUGCACAUCUCAGGAAAUAGAUGGUUGGUUUGCCUGGCUUGGGAUGGGCUGUUCAAUAAUGAGGUCUUGUUCAUAGCCAUGGCAUUAAAGAGCCUUUUCAAUGAGGUGUCCCACUUAACUGAAGGUAGAAAUAUUACCAUCUGCUAUUAAAACGUAGCUUCUUGCAUUCUGCCAGAGACAUAAUAAGCAUUUUGAGAGUUUUCUAACACAUUGCCAUUCAUUUCCCCAUAUUGGAUCUAUAGAUUGAAAAGAACACAAAAAAGGAACCCUCAAACAUACGCCAAUAACACAUGCAUAUUUAUGCAGCCAGCAGUUCCCUUGUUUAAGGAGAAUGCUCAAAGAAUUAAAUUUCAUAAUUUUCUGAAAUAGCUAGGACAUUUAAAGAGCAUCUGUGGAUUAGUCUGAGUAAGUUUGUUAUGUGAAUUGCUUGAAAAGAAAACAGACUCUUCCUAGGUAUUGCAACAAAUUGUUCCCAGCUUAAUACAGUAAAUGAAAAUUCAGAGGAAGCAGCACAAUAUUGGAUGAACCUGCUUCAGAACAUUGGCUCAGGCCACAAAGCAAGUAAUUAACAAGCUGAAUGAAGCAUUUAAGCCCACGCCUUAUCAUUUAUGUAACUAACCUUUGAGUUUUGGACGCACUGGUAUGCUGCAGUGAAGCCUACACAGUGUUUCUUUUAUGUGUGUGUAUUGAGCAAAUGGGAAAUGCAUACCCUGCCAUUUGUUUUUCACAUUUUCAGCACUUAUCAGAGUUCUCUGGCUGAGUGAUCUUAUAUUGCAAAAAUGUACACCUCUUGGUCCUUUUUUCUGUAGUGCAGUAUGAAUCUAGACAAGCCUCAGCCUUGUGAGGGGGGGGAUGUAUUCUGCUUUUAAGGAUGCAUAUGAGCUUGUUUAAAGCAUCAUUAGUAGCACUAGAAAAGAAUUAAUUGAAUGUCACUUUUCAUCAAAGAAGUGAGCAACAGAAAGAGUGAUGGGGAAUCUGCAAAAUCCUUGUUCAUGGAGGCAGCCUUCAAUAUCAGCUUUGAAAACAAAUCAGGAAUGCUGUGAACCAAUGAGGUCUCAAAAGAUGUAGUUUCCAUCCUUGUCACACAUCUGUUUUUCUCAUCCUGAGAAAUACUGGGCAUGUUAGGAAUGCUGAGACUGCUGAUGACAACAUUAGUUUCCUACAGAGCUCAUGAGAUAGAAGUGGAGUGUAACAUCACCUCUGCACUUGGGAAAUGAGUCAUUUUGCUUAUUAAUGCUCUCGCUUUUGUCUCUCCCUCCUGUUCUUUUCUCCAUCACUUAUAACCAGACUUAUUUGGAACUCUUGUGAGACAAACACCAUUUCUCCUUGGCAGGAGGAAAAUAAAAUAGCAUACUUAACAUGGUUAUAUAACACACUGCUACGCAUGCCUAAAAUGAGGUCAUUUUGAUUAAUAUAUUUAUCUGGUGUGCAGCUGUAACAGGACAUGUAAUUGUGAUUAAAAGACCACCAUUUUCUUUAGUCUCUUUGCAAUAGCCUUUGGUUUUUGUAACUAAUAUCCUGAACACGAUGGGAGUUAGUUGCUGGUUAUGUCAUAAUUUGCGCCCUUGGGCUACAGUCCUAGCCUUCCAAACCUUGGAAAAUCACUGUAGUGUGGAAACACAAUUUCCUUCCUCUGUCAGAAGUUAGGUAAGAAUUCUGCACUAAUUAUGUUUAUUAGAAGUAAUCCAGCAACAUAUGCAUAUAAGGAAGAAAGAAAACAGGGAAAACUGUGGAAUUCCUCAAAGUUGGAAGUGUUGCUGGAUGAUGGAGAAAGCAAAAAGAUGAGAUGAGCGAUAAAGCCAGUUACAGUGAGCCAGGAGAAAAAGUGGAGCAGCAUGCUGCAAAUGUCUCUAGUAUCAUCUGUGGGAAAAAGAGAACCGGUAGAAUCUGCUUUUGGAAUACAAGCAGAUGUAUUUUUCUUUUGGGAUGUUGAACUGCCAUUCUUCAAAGUUCUGACGCAUCCGGUUCUAUUUCGGUUUGAUGACUCCUAACUAGACACGUUAGGCGGCUGCUGCUCAGAAGCCAGCAUUUAAAAACACUGUUUUUCUGUUCGACUCUUUCUGGCAAAAAGCUCGUUAUUCAAGUACUUGCUCUAACCUUUAGUUACCCUGGUUGCAUAACUGCAAAGCAGCAUCCCACCAUGCACUUCUGUGACCCAGUUGUGCCUUUCCAGUAGUGACUUUAUGAGUUAUGAAAGGUGUGUCUGCCACAUUGCUACAGAAGCAUUUACUCUACUGACCCUGAUUUCCUAAAUAUUAUAUAGCCAUUGUUCACUAAGGAAUAAAAAACAAUGGAAAAGCAUGUGGAAAAAAACCAGCCCUAAUUCCGCUAUGUUGAAAAUAGAUGUUAUGCUCUUUAGCCUUGAUAGUGUUUGGACUUCUCAUUGAUAAAAAAAUACUUGUAGAACCAAUUUUAAAAUCAUUAAUGCUUCAGUAAUCUUUCAAAAUGAAUUUUAGAUGGUACAUUCAGUACUAAUAGUCACAGUACAAAUCAUUGACUCAUCCAAGGAAGAGCUGAAUAACAAUUGCUCUGUUGAAGUGAUUUGCAGUCUAAAUUGUCAUGUGCAGAUUUCACAUUUUCUAGACUGUCUGCAGAAUUGCUUGAAUCCUUCCACAUUAUUGUAUCAUCUAUUACCCUGUAUUCUACUCAUGAUAAAACCUCCCUAUGGAUGAGAAUGAAUUUCUAAUGUCACAUAGAGAAAACUGUUUAUUGCUUUGUAAGAGCAUUACUUUUACAAAAUCUUUCUGUAGCUCAUAGAAAACACAAAAGAGACAUGUGCUUGGUUUUCUUUGUCAUCACAGAAUACAGCAUAAGUCAGUUAUAUAAAUAAAGUCACUUACAUAAA